GGAACAUCCCAGAUGGGGAGCAUCCAACACAGCCUUGGCUAGGUGGCUUCCACCAGCCUAUGAAGAUGGACUCAGCCAACCUCGAGGAUGGGAUCCCAGUGUCCAAUACAACGGAGUCCAGCUACCCUUGGUUCGUGAAGUGACAAAAAAAAUUAUUCAUGCAUCUAAUGAGGCUGUUACUGAAGACAACCUAUAUUCUGAUAUUAUUAUGGUGUGGGGACAAUACAUAGACCAUGACAUUGCAUUCACACCCCAGAGCACAAGCAGAACCACCUUCCUAACUGGAAUGGAGUGCCAGAUGACAUGUGAAAAACAAAAUCCAUGUUUUCCAAUAAAGGUGACCACCAAUGAUACAUUAACUGCAGGGAUGGAUUGCCUGCCCUUCUACCGCUCAUCUCCUGCGUGUGGCACUGGUGAUCAUGGCACUCUCUUUGGAAAUCUAUCAGCACUAAAUCCAAGACAACAGAUCAAUGGAUUAACUUCUUUUCUUGAUGCUUCUACCAUCUAUGGCAGUACCCCUGCUGUUGAAAACAAACUGAGGAAUUUCACAAGCAAAGAAGGCCUUCUUAGAGUAAAUGUUAAAUAUUAUGAUAACCAUCGGGAAUACCUGCCUUUUACAGACCAGAUCCCAUCACCUUGUGCACAGGACCCGAAUGCAAGUGAAGGUGAGAGGAUUGAAUGCUUUAUGGCUGGGGACAGCCGAUCCAGUGAGGUCACCUCUCUGGCAGCUAUGCACACGCUGUGGCUGAGAGAGCACAACCGCCUGGCCAGAGCCCUCAAAAACAUCAACAGCCACUGGACCGCUGAGACAGUCUACCAAGAAGCACGAAAAAUUGUCGGUGCUCUGCAUCAGAUUAUUACUUUAAGAGAUUACAUUCCCAAAAUCAUUGGUACAGAUGCUUUUAAUCUGUAUAUUGGCCUUUAUACAGGUUAUGAUCCCACAAUGAAUCCUACGGUUUCUAACGUAUUUUCAACAGCUGCUUUUCGUUUUGGUCAUGCAACAAUCCAACCAAUAGUAAGGCGAUUGAAUGCACAGUAUUUAGAUGAUCCAGAACUCCCAAAUCUUCAUUUGCAUGAAGUUUUCUUUAGUCCCUGGAGGCUCAUUAAAGAAGGAGGCUUGGAUCCUUUACUAAGGGGUCUUCUAGCACAUUCAGCAAAACUGCAGGUGCAAGAUCAACUACUGAAUGAGGAAUUAACAGAAAAACUGUUUGUGUUGUCCAAUAAUGGUUCACUUGAUUUAGCGUCGUUAAAUUUACAGCGUGGCCGUGAUCACGGACUCCCAG